AUCACAGCAAAGUGUGUGGCACCUUAGUGAAAAAUUUUUAUUCGUUUAAUUGGUACAAAUGUUAAAAAAUUAUGUAAAUUUUCUUUAAAGAAUAUAAACAAGUGAGAGUUACGACGUUUGGUAAUAAGUUUAAUAGCUUGUAAUUAAUUAUAUCGACCUUUUUAUUUGUAAGUUAUUAUAUAAAAAGAUAUAAUAAUGUCCUCAUCGGCAAUAUACGUACUGGAUGUCAAAGGUAAAGUAUUGAUAUCGCGUAAUUAUCGAGGAGAUACAAUGGAUAUGGCUGCUAUUGACAAGUUCAUGCCACUAUUAAUGGAACGCGAAGAAGAGGGUCUAAUUACCCCGAUAUUGCAGACUGCCGAUCACACCUUUGCGUACAUUAAGACGAACAACCUGUAUAUUGUUUCAACUACUCCACGGAACAAGAAUGUUAAUAUUGCAUUGGUUUUCGUUUUUCUGCAUAAAAUUGCACAAGUUUUUGUUGAGUAUUUUAAAGAACUAGAAGAAGAGUCAAUUCGUGAUAAUUUUGUAAUUAUUUAUGAACUACUUGAUGAGUUGAUUGAUUUUGGAUACCCCCAGACGACAGAUUCGAAAAUAUUGCAGGAAUACAUUACACAAGAAGGACAUAAAUUAGAGCUCCAACCCCGGCCACCUCUGGCGGUUACCAACGCUGUGUCUUGGCGCUCUGAAGGUAUUAAAUACCGUAAAAAUGAAGUAUUUCUUGAUGUGAUAGAAUCUGUCAAUCUUUUGGCCAACGCCAAUGGAAAUGUAUUAAGAAGUGAAAUAGUAGGAGCCAUAAAAAUGAGGGUGUACUUGUCUGGAAUGCCUGAAUUGCGAUUGGGAUUGAAUGACAAAGUAUUAUUUGAGAGCACCGGACGUGGCAAAUCAAAGUCAGUUGAAUUGGAAGAUGUGAAAUUUCAUCAAUGCGUGCGUUUAUCUCGUUUUGAGAACGAUCGUACUAUAUCAUUUAUUCCACCUGAUGGAGAAUUUGAAUUGAUGUCCUAUCGCCUUAAUACACAUGUAAAACCCUUGAUUUGGAUUGAAUCUGUUAUUGAACGUCACGUCCACUCUCGUGUCGAAUACAUGAUAAAGGCUAAGUCGCAAUUUAAACGACGCUCUACUGCGAACAACGUCGAAAUUGUCAUUCCCGUUCCCGCAGAUGCAGAUUCCCCUAAAUUUAAAACAACUAUUGGUAGUUGUAAAUAUGCUCCAGAGCAAAACGCCAUAAUAUGGACAAUUAAAUCCUUUCCUGGUGGUAAGGAGUAUUUAAUGCGUGCACAUUUUGGACUUCCAAGCGUUGAAAGCGAAGACAAUAAUGAAGGAAAACCUCCAAUACAAGUUCGUUUUGAAAUUCCUUACUUUACAACAUCGGGCAUMCAAGUUCGGUAUUUAAAAAUAAUUGAGAAGAGUGGCUAUCAAGCGUUACCGUGGGUACGCUAUAUAACACAAAACGGCGAUUAUCAACUUCGUACUAAUUAAAAAGUCGACGAAGAAAAAAUACAUAUAAAAAUACAACUGUAUAAUUUAAGCAAAGCGURUUGCACCCAUUUUCUGUUUCCGCAAAUCUGUCGAAAUUUGCAAUAAAAUAUCCAUUCCAUUCAACUAAAGUUCUGUAUUUAUAUUAUAAAAUGUUUGGUUUCAAAAUAAUGUUCUUGUUUGCCUGGCAUAUUUAAAAUGCRAUUUCUGACAGCUUUAAUAUUUUAAUAUUAUAUUUUAUAACCGAUAAACCAAGAUUUAUAUUAAAACUUUUACAAACAUGAUACAAUAUAUUGCUCAAUAAUUGCA